CUUUAAUAAAGAUAGAAAAAAAACUUAAUUUUAAUAAUAAAAACAAACACAAACACACUCAAAUAAAAUGUCUUCGAAAAAGAUGGACUUAAAUAAAAUGUGCUUCUUUGUCCUGAGCGGUGUCUCCAAUCCCUUGGGCAAAGAAUUGGCAGUUGAAAUGUGUCGUCGCUUUAAAGCGGGAUCUGUCGCCAUGCUCAUCGAUGGCGAGGAACAAAAUCUACAAGAAGUUCGCAAAGAAAUCGAAUCUCUUGAAAAUAAUAUCCAAGUCGUUUGCUGUAACUUGAACGACUGGCAACAAGCAGACUACAAAUUAUUCCACAAUUUACUUUCCACUGUACUCAGCCAUGAAGUUAACGGCAACAAGCAGUUCGAGCUUGCAUUUAUCGUACACAAUGAGGGCAAUACCGCCACCCAUAUGCUAAUGGAACCCCAAAGCAAGGACCAAUGGACAUCGUAUGUGCAACAAACCCUAUACGCUGCCAUUGCCCUCAAUCAGGAAUUCAUUAAAUGCCAACAACUGCAUGGCUUACCAAAACUGAUGGUCAACAUUAAUUCCAGUCUAUGGGUUCAACCAUUGAUCUUCAACUCAUUGCUUUGUUCCAGCAAGAAGGCCCGUGAUAUGUACUUCCGUUCGGUGGCCGCCGAAGAGGCCGACAACGCCGUUAUUGCAAUGAACUAUGGACCUGGCAUUUUCGAUACCCACGAGCCAGUAUACGAUUGCAAUAACAAUAUCAUUGACAUUGAAGAACUGGUGGGCGAUAGCAAAAUUCUCAAGUUACCCCGUGUGGAGCCAUUGCAGACCACACUUAAGCUUAUUAACAUUUUGGAGGAAACCUCAUUCAUUUCCGGACACGAUGUCGACUACUACGACACCUACAACUUAUGAGUCGUACUCUAUAAAUAUUGCCGGAAGCACUUGGCAACCGGUGAUAUUUAUACGAUAUUGCAACAAUUUUUAGACUACGGCUGUGUUAUAAAUGACGACGAUAGAGAUCACGAUUUGAAUGAGGAUGUUGAUAAUGUUGAAUUUAUUCAUUUAAUAAAUAAAUUGCUGAUUACGAUUCUAGUUGCUCUGACUUCUGCAGAGCGGGAAGAUAAUGAAAAAACUGAAA